CGCUGCCUUGUCUCUGUUGCGGCGAACAGUGCGUGUGAGCUGAGUACGGUGCAGUGUCAACAACAUUCUGAGAUGUAUGAAAUAAUUUUUUUUUCGAGUUGAUGAGAUGCUACGGAGUGUGUUGUUGUGGCAUUCGGCGCGUCUCCAGUUCGUACCCCUCAGAUGAGUGUGCCCUAGUGUGUGCAGUGCCUGUGUGAAGUGGUGUUAGCCAGUGUGCACGCCGGAUUCCCUCAGUGGAUUAAUUUUACUGUCAAGUGUGCAGUGGAAUAAAACGACUGCCUGCCGACCGACGCUGGUGAGUUUCAACGGUGGUUAAAAGUUCAACGAAAGUGGUCUGUUCGGUGCUGGAAAAAUUCCUUUGGGACGGUUAAAGUUUAAGUGCUUCCUGAAUUCACGCAAGUAUCGAGUGGUGUAGUAUGAAUGUGCUUUUCGAUGUUAGCCAGCCUUUAAUCAUAUAGUAGUGGAGUAAAAGUAGAACUGCCACCUUAAUUUCUGUGUUAAGUGCUGAAUGUAAGGUUAACCGGCGUUUAAAGAGCGCACUAGUAGGUGGAUUAUUGCCGAUCGAGUGGGUAAGAUGCAGUGUGUGGAGUUGUCGGGCGCCGCGGGGCAAAGACUCGGCGGCGGGGCCCGGACUAGCGCAUGGCGGCCCCAAUGAGAUCCAGCUCGCAGGACGCGGGCCACCGAGCGAGGGUGGCGGACUCCAGGACAGGGAACGCCACGGCGAAGCCAGACAUCGCAACCACCACCACCCAACCCUCAAAUUUCGAAUACGAUGACAACGAGUGGGAUAUAGGAAUAGGCGACCUGAUUAUCGACUUGGAUGCGGACAUAGAGAAGACCAACGAGGGUGCCAACACCCACACACCGGCGAUCGCGAUGGCCGCAAACGCUGGAGGGCCCCAAGCCGCCAAGGCGGCCGCCACAGCCAAGAUGGCCAUCGAGCAUUCGGCCACCGUCGACAAAGGCCUGAAGAUGAAAAUCAAGAGGACGAAACCCGGCACCAAGACGUCCGAGGCGAAACACGAAAUCGUCAAAUCGAACGAAUUGAACGGAAACGCGGAUCAGAGCGACCUGAAAGGUGCGACGUUGCCCGUGAGCGCCGCCAAGCACGUCGCAGCCAACAACGCCGUGCCGCCGCCCACCGCCUCCUCGAACAGUUCCGGCAACAGCAAGCGCGGCUCGAGCGGCCACCGCCGCGACAAAAUCAGGGAUAAGCACGGCUCGUCGUCGUCGUCUUCGUCGUCGUCGUCGUCGUCGAGCGACAAAAGCAGUGGACAGAAAGUGACCGUCAACGCGCCGCAGCCCGCGGGGGCGGUGACCGUCUCCGUCGCCGAAAUGAACGGUAUGGUGAGAGUGAGUGCCCCGCAGACCGGACCACCGCGAUCUGUGUUCCCCGCGAGCACGGGCCCGGGACCGCCACAGGCCGCCGCCACCGGGCCGUCUCCGGGACCGCCGCCGUCGCCGGCCGCCGCCACCGCGCAGGGAUCGGCGGCCAAGCCGGAGCAAGCCAAAGUGGCGGCCAGCGUGGCGAUGCAGCCUUCCACCAACCUGGACGAGCGGAGCUCCUCGCCGCCGCCAGCCAAAAAGCUCAAAACGGAAUCCAAGGAGGUAUCGGACGUGUGUAUAGGCACCAGUGUUGGAACCAUCACCGAACCGGAUUGUUUGGGACCCUGCGAACCUGGUACAAGUGUCACGCUUGAGGGAAUCGUGUGGCACGAGACCGAAGGAGGUGUUCUGGUAGUCAACGUUACUUGGAGAGGAAAAACCUACGUAGGAACCUUACUGGACUGCACCCGCCACGACUGGGCGCCCCCUAGAUUCUGUGAUUCUCCCACAAGUGACCUGGACAAUCGUACUCCAAAAGGACGAGGUAAGAGAGGACGUUCUGCUGGCGCUGCAACACCAAGCACUGAUCUAAGCAACUUCACAGAGACCCGCUCAUCCGUGCACAGUAAGUUGCGGAACGGUGGCGUAAAGGGGCGUCGCGGGGCUGCGAACGGUUCAGGUCCUUCCACCGCUCCCUCGUCCCCCACUCCCUUCGUGCCUCCCCGUCCCGACACCAGCGGCAAGCGAAAGAGCCGCGCCGGCGAGGACGAGUCCCCCUCGCCCGGCGUGCAGGGCAAGAAGACGAAGAUCGUCGUACCGCCACCGACGCCGCCCGUGCCCAGCACGCCCACGCCCUGCGGCAGCCCGCCACCCUCACCCGUGCUACUCGAGUGCCCCGAGCCCAACUGUUCCAAGAAGUACAAACAUAUCAACGGGCUGAAGUACCACCAGUCGCACGCGCACGGCUCCGUCGACGACGACGACACCAAGGACGUCACCUCCAUGUCGGAGAACGAUGAAUCCAACAUCGAGGCACCCAGCCCGGCCACGCCGGUCAAGUCGCCUGAUAAGAGUCAAGAUAGCCCGCUGACGCCGCAGAAGAAGGAGCCGGAGCUGCCACUGAUUCUGAGGGGCGCCGGACUACUAGAGGUGCCUAGUCAGCCGGCGACACCGAGGAGCACGCCGCCCUCGCCGGCUACGCCGCAGAGCGACCUGGGGGCUGGGGCGGGCUCGCCCACGGUACCUCUGGUCGAGCCCAAGAACGUCGUCAAGCCGGGAGUGCUGCGAUACACGCCGCCGGAGGAGUACCCGGUCGGGGUCUUCGCCGCCAACAAGCAGCAAGUGACAGGAACACCAAUGUCAAAUUCAGGUCCUCUACCGACAGUCAGAAAUGUUUCUGUGUCGCUACCUUCCGACCAGCCAAGCUCCCAGACUGAAUCAAAUGCUCAACCGCAGUCUUUCACGAAUCAGUUGCAAUCUCAGGUGAACAUGCCGUCGCAGCAAUUCACCCAGCCUCCGACUCUUAUAAUUCCUCCGCAAAAUCUGCAAAGCAACUCCCAGAUCUCUUCGCAGAUGUCGCCGCACGCGCCACCGUCGCCCGGCCAGCAGGCGGCAAAGAUCACCCAGUUCAAAGUCAAGCCCACUGCCGCACUUAUGCCUGAAGACAAAAAUAAGCAGCAACCGCAGCCGCAACAAAACGGAAAUUCCAGCAGUAAUAAACCCCAGAACUUCAAGAAGAAGAACCGGAAAUCGCCAGCGGGAAGCCCCCAUCCGCCCCAAACCGAACAGCCGGUGUUCGGGGUCGAACAAACUGCCAGGGACGAGGUGCAGAGUCCCGCCUACUCGGACAUCUCCGACGAUGGGGCUCCCGUGAUGGAGUCCGACAUGGGGGAUAAGAGUAAAAAUGCCGACAAGAAGACUGAAUCGGGGCAGUCGCUGCCCCACAUGCCCCAGUACGGUAUGUAUCCCUUCUACGGACAACCGCAGUAUCUGGUUCCCUCCGUGCAACAACAGCAAGGGCAAGAGGGGAAGAAGGAAAGUGACAAAGCGACAGAAAAGCCGGUAGAUAAAGACGGUAAGAAAGAAGGAUCCGAAUACCCUCAAAAAAUUUUACCUCAGCAACAUUAUUACCCGUAUGGUUAUAUGCCAGGGUACCCAUACAACAUGGAUCCUAAUUUCGGAGGAGUACCCAUGGUUCAAGAAGACAAAAUCAAAGAAGAAAGGAUAAAAGAGAGUCCUAGUCCGAUCAUUGAUCAGCCGAUUAAACCGCCGGCGCCUAUCCCGAAUCCCAUCCAAGUCCCCACCCCCGGCAAGGUGAAAACAGAACCUCCAAUCAAGGAGAAACAUCAAAACGAGAAUCAUCAAAUACUCAAAGAGAGCAUCGAAAUCAAGAACCAAAUGAACCCCUACAUGUAUUCGCGUCAGCAGCAACAGCAGCAAACCCACCACAAUCAAAGAGAAGAAGAAGUGCGCCGGUUCUACGUAUACGAUCAAAGACGCAAAGAGCAACAAUCAAUGGAGCACAAAAGUACCACCCCCAACAAGGCCCCACCUCCGCCUAGUCCCAACCUCAAACAUAAAGAUGCCAAACCCGAGGAAAAGAAGGAGAAGGACAUCAAGCAGGAGGGCGUGAAGCCCACGAUGGAGACCCAAGGCCCUCCGCCGCCCCCUACCUCCCAGUACGCUUACAUCCAUCCCAGCUACAUGCAGUCGGCCCACUACGGCGCCUUACCCUUCGAUCCCAACCACCCCAUGUACAGGGGCAUUAUGGUUCCGGGGCCUUACAGCGGUAACCCGUACCUCCACGCCCAGAUCCCGAGAUACCAUGCCCCUGAAGACUUGUCCAGAGCGCCGCCGCCGCCAAAGGCCCUCGACAUGCUUCAGCACCACGCUCAGUACUAUUCGUCUCACAAAAUACACGAGUUGCAAGAGCGGGCGAUCAAGUCGCCCACCCCCAAGACGUCAGUGGCCAGUUCGAGUCCCUCGACGAACAGCGGACAGCCGGUUAUGACGUCCCAACCGCAGAUGACGCAACCUCCGACGUCUCAGGUGACAAACACGACGCCCUCUGGCGGCAAACAGACGCCGGGGGACAACAAAGACUCGAGGUCGCCACCUCCGCAACGCCACGUACAUACGCAUCAUCAUACACACGUAGGCCUUGGGUAUCCCAUGUAUCCUCCCCCAUAUGGAGCCGCAGUGUUAGCAAGCCAGCAAGCAGCAGCAGUGACAGUAAUUAACCCUUAUCCGACCAAGUGAGUGCCCGAACUUGAACCGUGUCGUAGUGACUAAAGCAUUCCAUAGUUGUGUCUUGUUAUAUAGUGUGCACUGCUGAUGUAACCUAAUGACUUUAUUUCUAGACCCACAGCUGUUUUGCAAUGCAAACGUAUUGUACAUUAUUAUUUUAUUCAUUGUAAAUAGUGUAAAGACAUGCCAAUGUCUUUUAAAGUCAUAAUUAGUUGAUACUUUGUAGUAGACUGAUAUUUGACCUAUUAGAAAAGUACUGUGUAUUUUUUAAUGUAAAACUGUCUUCUUUAUUAUUAUAAAAUUUAAUAAGGUUAGAUAUAACUUUUUAUUUUUACUAUUAUAUUAUUUGUUCCAUUCCAGUUUUAUUGGAAUAUUUGUAUAAUUAAACACUGUCUUUUUUUACUUAAACAUUGGAGUCUGUACAUCUUGUAAUAUUCUGUAAAUAAGCCAUGACAAAAUAAAAUGUAUAAAGUUUAUUACAAAACGAUUUGCAAAGAGCCUUGUAUGUGGUUUCGCGAUUCCAAACUCUUCAUUCAUUACAUUUUUGUAUACGUAAGUUACGUGAUCACCGAUUAGUCUUCAACAUUAGCUGUGAGAACCUCCAAUAAAAAAACACUAUUUUAUAUAAUUAAACACGUGCAAGAAAAAAUAUCAAUACGUAUGAUACAUAUUUUCUAGCACUAAUUUAAUUAUGUAAUUUAAAUUGGUGGUUUUGAAAACAUUACUUCUUGCGUAAACAUGUCACUUCGUUUUUUAGUUGUGAUAUUGUAAUUGUUGUGCAAAUUAUUAUUGGUUUUUUUUUAAACAUUUGAGAAGAUUACCUAUUGUACAGACUACGAGGGGCUUUAAUGUAAAGUUGCUUAAUAAAAAU